AAAAACAUGCGCGCUUAACCUUGUGGCUCGAGCGUGUUGUCAAACCAACCCGUGUAAACGGGGCUGUAACCGGUGACCUGUGACCUGUGACCUGUGACCUGUCACCUGUGUUUCGGGUCCAUCCAUGCCGCCGCGUUCCUCUGGAGGAAUGAACAAAUACGUCCUCCCGGUCUCGGUGUUCGGGACGGCGCUCGGAGCCGCUGCUUUACUGAAGAACCAUGUGACUGGAGGCCGGUGUCCCAGUAAGGCGACCAUUAGGGGGAAGACUGUGAUCGUCACGGGAGCCAACACGGGCAUCGGGAAGGAGACGGCCCGGGAACUGGCCAAGAGAGGGGGUCGGAUCAUUAUGGGAUGUCGGGACAUGGAGAAGUGCGAGGAGGCUGCAAAGGAAAUUAGGGGGACGACUCUGAAUCCUCAGGUUUACGCGUGCCGCCUCGACCUGGCCUCCGGGAAGUCCAUUCGGGAGUUUGCAGAGCGAAUGAAACGAGAGCAGCAGCGUGUGGAUGUGCUCAUCAACAAUGCUGGAGUCAUGAGAUGUCCAGCAGGGAGGACAGAAGACGGCUUUGACAUGCAGUUUGGAGUCAACCACUUGGGCCACUUCUUGUUGACAAACCUCCUGCUGGACAAGUUGAAGGCGUCCGCCCCCAGCAGAGUGAUCAACCUGACCUCCCUCGCCCACGUCGUUGGAAAGAUGGACUUUGUGGACUUGAACUGGGAGAAGAGAAAGUUUGAUACCAAGCAGGCGUACUGUCAGAGCAAGCUCGCCAACGUGCUGUUCACCAGAGAGCUCGCCAAGCGCUUACGAGGCACAGGAGUCACAGUGAACGCGACACACCCAGGCGUUGUUGCCACGGAUCUCGGGAGGCACACGGGUCUCCACCAGUCGCAGUUCUCCAGCUCUGUGCUCAGUCCCUUUUUCUCCAUGCUGGUAAAGAGCCCAGACAUGGGGGCCCAGCCCAGCGUCUACCUGGCCGUGUCCGAGGAGAUGGAAGGGGUGACGGGGAGGUACUACGACGUGAUGACGGAGAAGGAACCGGCGCCCCAAGCCCUGGAUGAGGAGGCAGCCCGCCAGCUGUGGGAGGUCAGCAGCAGGCUGGUGGGUCUGGAGGGUCUGGAGGAGUCCAACCCACCAGCAGAAGUCCAGAGCAGAGCUCCACAGACUGCUGGAGAGCAGAGACCCGGACCGAGCCCAGGAGCAGCUGUCGAUGCGGCGCGGCUGGAGGCCGGCGGGGGAUGAUGGACCUUUUAUUGCUUAAGCUGCGUCUGGCUCGUAAAACAAUGAACUGUCAGUUAGUCUGGUUGUCUGAAUAAAGACCGUCUUUUGUACAUGC